CGACGCUACUCGUCACCGUCGGUUUCUCAAAAAAUUCUCAGCUUCAGAAGUCAGCGGAGAGAGGAGAGCAAGGAGAUGAGCUUGUCGCUCUUGCAGGGCUAUUCUUCCGCGGAAGAAGAAGAAGAAGAAACAGAAGUUGAAGACAACCAAGUUCAUCACCAGCACUCUUCCGACGACGACGAGGAGAUCGAGCCUUCCGCCGCAGUCAAGCGUUACGAUUCUUCAGUAUUCAAGUUCUCCAAUCCUUCGCACCAAAAUAAUAAUUCUGGCCUUCCUUCCGCAUUCGAAGCCUUCUCCCAAAUUUCAGGGCCUCCGGAGUUUCUAAACAAUAGUGUAGAAGAACAGCCAUCCAGACCUGUGGAUGGAGGGAGACAAGGUGGCCGGAGGGAUCCUCCCAAUAAGAAAGAUUUACCUGCUGGAGCUGUGGUAGAGUCAAAAGCACAACUAGUUGGCAUUCAUGAGCGGGUAAGAAGUGAUAUUGGGGACAGCAAGCCUCCAACAUCAGUUUCUAGCACCACCCAAGAUAAGCGUGUAGCAUCUGCAACAAAUCCCAAUGCCGAAGAUGCAGCAGAGCUUCUGAGGAUGUGUCUUCAAUGUGGAGUACCAAAGACCUACUCCAGUGCUAGAGGAAUUGUCUGCCCCAUAUGUGGUGAUCGCCCGCCUGCUGACAACUCUGAGUCGAAGAAGAAGGGGUCUACCAUCAAAGACAAAGAAAAGGUAAAGAGAAUGAGGGGCCAGUCAUCUCAUGCAACCUGGAAAAGUGAAACAGAGAUGCAACUCAGACAGCAGUUUGAUUAGUAUGGUAUCCAGAACUUGUCCUCGCAAAAUAUGAAAUAUUUUAGCAUCUUUGUAGAUUAUGCAAUUGUCAGUCUGCUCAAUUACUGAUACAGAAACUCAUCAUGACUAACUGUGUUGUGUGGAAUGUUUUUGUCCUUUAUCUAGGAUUUGGUCUGUGUUAUUGACCUUUAUUACUAUGCUGUCUCAAUAUGUGACUUUGUUAAUGAUUUUCUUUGAGUUUAGAUUAGUUGAACUC